ACCUAGAAUGUCUUCUGAGGACUUCAGAGAGAGCUCUCUAUCUCAAAAGGUGUCCUCUGCAGGUGGGUCCCAGAAGAGCAAGGAGGUUCUCAGCUCCCCGACACCAUCCGUCUCCCUUAGCCAGACAUCCGACUUCCAACACAAGUCUCAGCUGUUCACUGAGCCACACCUGGCCCAGAUGGAGAAAAUGUUUCAAGAUGAGGUCGACUCGACUGGAGCCCUGGACAUGAAGACUUUCGAUAAGGCUGUGAAGAAGAUUCUGAGCAAUACGUCCAACGAGAUGAUAGAGGCGCUGUUUUUGAAGGUGGACAUGAACUGUAACGCCUCCAUCACCUGGCAGGAGUACCUGGACUAUGUGAUGCGUGAGUUCAAGGGGAAGGAGAAGAUGAUGAGGAGCCAGUGCCGCCGGCGCUUCCACCUUCCCAUGAUCAUAGCCCUGUAAGGAGCCUCUCCCUGGACUCCCUGGACUGAAGGGUGUGUCUGGACCAGGCUGGGGCCAGCCCUGCAUCGCCCCUUCCUAAGUCCCCGCACCUGUCUGUGGGGUCACCGUGGGCCUGUUACCACGCCUGCAGCUCGGUAUUCUUUAGCUCGUUUCAGCCUCACAACCCCAUAAGUGGGCUUGAGCAUCCCCUCAUUGUGUCCCCAUUUUGCAGACAAGGAAACUGAGGCUCAGAGAGGCCAAGUGACAGUGGUGGGGUCGCUCUGUUGGACCCUCCCUAUCCGCAACAUAGACGCUGCUCCUGCUUCCUGCUCUGGCUGGGGCUGAGCAGGUCUGUGGUUUCAUCCACAGGGCACAGAUGACUCACAUAGCGGG